AUGGCUGGUGAAUCUAGUGCAAUUAGUAGAAAUAGUUCUUUUGAUACGCUUUUUAUUGAUUCAGAGACGGAAUUUGUCGGUAAGGGUAAUAAAACUCAUGUGAAAAAUAAUAGAAGUAGGAGUGGGAGCAGAAUUACAAGUUCGUUGAGCGUGACUGAUGAUACAUUUUACAAGGAUCUAGAAGAUUACGUGAAGGAAAUGGCGGGUAAUACGAGCGUGGAAACGGAUGAUGUUUGGAGACAGUUGCAGCAGAAGGAAUCUGACCUUCUGUUGGCGGCGGAGCUGGGAAAGGCACUGCUAGAAAAGAAUGAAGAGUUAAAGAAGGAACAGGAUAAGGCGGCUGAGGAUUUCUCUAAAAAACUUGAGAUAUCGGGCGCAGUGCCAAAUAAAGUCAAUAUCGAUGGCCAAGCAUUGUAA